AUGGACUCCAGGAUCCUGCCUGCCAGGGGCUGGCUCAGCAGCCGCCCACCCACCUCUGAGCCUGACCUGGAGCCUGCCACAGAGGGGCCAGCCUCUGAGACCACCACCCUCAGCACAGAAGCCACCAGCUUUAAUGACACCAGAAUCCCUGAUGUGGCUGGUGGUACAGCUGGUGUGGGCACAAUGCUUCUGUCCUUUGGGAUCAUCACGGUGAUUGGCCUGGCUGUGGCCAUGGUUUUGUACAUCAGGAAGAAGAAAAGGCUGGAGAAGCUCCGCCACCAGCUCAUGCCCAUGUACAGCUUCGACCCUACAGAGGAGCAAGAUGAGCUGGAGCAGGAGCUGCUGGAACACGGGCGCGACGCCGCCUCCAUGCAGGCUGCCGCCUCUGUGCAGGCCGCGCAGGGCAAGACCACACUCCCUUCUCAGGGCCCACUGCAGAGGCCCAGCCGGCUGGUGUUCGCAGAUGUAGCCAAUGCCAUCCAUGCGUGAGUGGCCCGAGGACCGGCCCGGACCUCUGAUGAAGACAUCUGCCAUCGUGCC